AUUCUUCAGCUGAAAAACGGAGCUCGCCGAUUGGCGGCAACUAUUUAUUUACGGGACUGAAAUAAAACGUACGAGAGGUGAGGAAGUUAGACACUUAAACGACAGCGAUAGCCUUGCAGGGUAAAUACAUAGAACUGGACACUAAUAGUUACGAUAGUGUUACGUCAGGCAUGUGAAUCACUGCAGAAUAUAUAUGUCAAUAAGGUAGUGUUAUUCGUUUAUCACGUAAUGUAUGUUUGGUAGAAUGAAAUAUCAAGUCUUGAUCCUCUUGUUUAGUGGCGUUUUACGCUCACUCAGUCAACGGUGUGGUCGUCACAGUUGCCAUGGUGAUGUAGGCAACCUGGCUGCGGGUCGCAGCGUAUCAGUGACCAGCACAUGUGGUUUGGGGAGGAAAGGGGAAAUCUAUUGUGACCCAGGUACAGACUCAUGUACGGCGCCAAUUUGUAGACGCUGUGGUACCGGCGAUCAUCCGGGCUCACACAUGCUCGAUUCACCGUUCACCGGCUCUCAUACCUGGUGGCAAUCAGCCAACAACGCCGAUGACGUUACGAUCCAGUUUGACCUGCAGACGUCUUUUUACUUCACACACUUAAUCAUGUUGUUUCGGAGUCCACGGCCUGGUGCCAUGACUUUGGAAAGGUCGGUCGAUUUUGGACAAACUUGGCAGAUUUACCAACGUUUUGCAAGUAAUUGCAGCGAAGAGUUUGGUAUGGAUGACGAUGUUGACGUCAUCAGCGCUGCGUGUACUUCCCGAUAUUCAAGUCCAUGGCCAUGCGAUGGUGGAGAGGUAAUUCAUCGAGUAAUGAAUCCUGCACAUCCAAUCGAUGAUCCUUACAAUGAUGAAGCAAGACAUCUUCUUAAGAUAACCAACCUCCGAAUAAGGAUGUGGAAUCCUCAGUUAUGUACGGGAUGCACCAACAUAACUUCUGACUCGCUCGUCAUGGAAGACAGAAGCAUCCUUCCCGAAGAUGUUGGGAGUAUCUUUCCCCCAUUCUCUGUGUAUGAUCUGAUCAUACGUGGGACUUGUUAUUGUAGUGGACAUGGUGAUACUUGUGUUCCUCUACAUCAAGAUGGAACAAAACCAAAAGAUUCUGAGCAAAGUGUGGUGUUCGGAAAGUGUAUGUGUGAGCACAACACAGCUGGUGCCCACUGCGAGCGUUGCAUGGAAAUUUACAAUGAUGCUCCAUGGAUGGCUGGUAACGGAGAUACUGGAGCUGCAAACCCUUGCAAACGAUGUAACUGUCACAGUCAUUCACAACGAUGUCGGUUCGACAGUGAGUUGUGGGAGCGAAGUGGGAAUCGAAGUGGUGGAGUGUGCAUGGGUUGCCAACAUAAAACACGUGGACGUUACUGUCAUUUAUGCAAGCCUGGCUAUUUCAGGAGAUUAGAAGCAGAUUUGUCAGAUCAAGAUAUUUGUAGAGAAUGCCUUUGCGACAUCACUGGAACAUAUUUCCACAAACCUAGAACCAGAAGACAGCAAACACUUCCUUGUGAUACGAUCACAGGUCAAUGUAGAUGUAAACCUGGUGUAGGUGGAAGAAGAUGCGACAGAUGUUUGCAUGGUUAUUGGGGCUUUGGAAGGCAUGGAUGUAGUGAAUGCCUGUGUGAACAUUGCGAUGUGAAAUCGGGUAGUUGCAUUCCAAUAUUCGAACCUGACCCAUCUUCUAACUUUCCUGGUUUUGACAAUUUGGAUGGUCCUUAUUAUAGCUUUGAUGAAACAGACUUUAUACCUCAUCGUUUCCCAGAGAUAAAAGGCAUGGCUGCUGGAUACAAACCAUUACCAAUUGUAAUGUCACGUGGUCAGGUAUUGGGAACAAGGAUAAAUUAUGCGGAGAGAAGCGUUCUUCCUUUGACAGUUGGAGCAACAUGGAGAAAACCAGAAACUUGUUCAUGUAAAGAGAGAGCAUGGAAUGACUUGACUUACUUCUGCAAUGCAAAAUUCGAUUAUGCUGCCAGAGUUCGAAUCCGAGAAGCCAUCGACCUUGGUACACAUGCCAGACUUUUGGUUUCCGUGCGACGAGUAUUUAAACAAGGUUCGGUAAAGUUUCGACGGGGAAAGACUGUUAUGUAUCCAGAAUCAUGGACAGUGAUGGGAUGCACAUGCCCUGUGUUACUGCCUGGUCGAGAUUACUUGGUAAUUGGCCACGAAGAUUCAAUUCAACAAAGAUUAAUGAUCAACGUUGAAAGUUUAGUCACAGAAUGGCCACAAAAAAGGAAAUAUUUUGCUCGAAAUGUUAAAAAACAGUUUCGCAAAAAGUGUGUGUGACAACGAGAAAAGUUUAAAAUCUGAAUAAUGAUUAUUUUAAACUUAUUUUUCUCAGUUAAACAAGAUUUUGUCUUUCCAGUUUCGUAUGUGAUGUAUUUGAGGUGUAUGUUACUUUAAUUUGAAGUAAUGUGUGAGUUUUUUUUGUGGUAUUAAGUGACAAAAGAGUUCAAUGUUGUAUUAUAAUGCUGAUUUUACUAAAGUAUUGCUGCUAUUACAUUACAAUAACUUCGAAACAACCACAUAUAAUAAAAUUUGUAUUUCAGAACUAUAAAUUCAUUUAUUAAAUCAAUUUUAACCAAUGCAGUGUGUCGUGUACUAUAUAAUUACUAGAUACAGUUUGGGAUCAUUGUACAAUUUAUUUGAGUGUGAUUUAUUCAUAAUUGCUGCAAAUAUUCAUUUGUUUUUUAAGUCUUUUGUUUGCAUUCAUUGAGACUUAUCGCAGUGAUAUAAUACACAUUGUUAGUUUUGUGAG